AUGAUCAAAAUAAGUUCAUUAAGAAGAAAGGCAGACCCUCUAUUAAUUGUUAGUAAAAGAUUACCGUCUUACAUAAAAAAGGAAAAAAUAAAUUUAACGAGAAAUAGCAACGUUAAUAAAAAAAAUGUAAAAUAUUAUCAGAUACCUCAAUUUGUUCAAGAACUUAUAAAAUUUACACGAAAGAAUAAACUUUGGAAGGAACAAAAUAGUGAGAAUAUCAUGGACAUAAAUAAUAAUAAUAAUAAUAAUAAUAAUGAUCAUCCAUAUAUACACAAUAUUAUAAAUAAAAACAAAAUUCAUUACGUUAACAAUCUUCUUGAUGAAAUACCGAAACAUAAAAAUUUGUUAACAUCCUUUCUAAUAUGUGAAAUAUAUGGAUGCUUAUACAAAUUGAAUUAUUUAAAACUAGAUAUAAUAUUUCUUUUAUUUAGUAUUCUUAUAAACAAUACCAUAAAUUUUUUUAAUUUGAGUGGUUACGUAAAUUGUAAUUUUAAAGAGCUAAUCAAUAUUACCAAAUAUAUAUACCAUUUUCAAAAUGUAUGUAAUUCAAAUAUUCAAAAUAUUCUUCAUAAAAAACCUAACUUGACAAAACUAAAAAUUGUGGAAAGGUAUCUUAAAGAAAAUAAUAAGGAAAUCAAAAGCAAACAGGGGUACUAUAAUUAUAUAUAUAAUUAUAUACAAAAAUAUGAUCAUGUUGAUAAUAUAGACAUUUUAAUUUAUUCCCUAAUUAAAUCUAAAAAAGAUGAAAAGGGUUAUAUACAUGAAAAGACAAAAAAGAACGAUAUUAUAUUAGAUGAUGAAAAUGAUAUUACUACUAAAAUAAGAAAUAUGUCAAACAUGUCAAAUAUUUCAAAUAUGUCAAAUAUAUCAAACAUGUCAAAUAUUUCAAACAUGUCAAAUAUUUCAAACAUGUCAAAUAUUUCAAACAUGUCAAAUAUUUCAAACAUGUCAAAUAUUUCAAACAUGUCAAAUAUUUCAAACAUGUCAAAUAUUUCAAACAUGUCAAAUAUUUCAAACAUGUCAAAUAUUUCAAACAUGUCAAAUAUUUCAAACAUGUCAAAUAUUUCAAACAUGUCAAAUAUUUCAAACAUGUCAAAUAUUUCAAACAUGUCAAAUAUUUCAAACAUGUCAAAUAUUUCAAACAUGUCAAAUAUUUCAAACAUGUCAAAUAUUUCAAACAUGUCAAAUAUUUCAAACAUGUCAAAUAUUUCAAACAUGUCAAAUAUUUCAAACAUGUCAAAUAUUUCAAACAUGUCAAAUAUUUCAAACAUGUCAAAUAUUUCAAACACAUCAAAUGUAUUUUUCCCUUCUAUUACGAAUACAUCCAAUUAUAAUAAUAGAUUAGUAGAAAAUAAUAACGAAAUGGAUAGUCUAAUAGAUUAUAUAAAUUCUUUCUAUAAAUUAAAUGAUAUGUUCAAUUUUUUAGUGAACAAAAUUUUGAACUAUUUCAAUGAGAACUCAUUAAAUUUCGAUUUUCAUAAUUUAAAAUUAUUAUUUUUUUUUAUUUCAAAAUUUGAAAAAUUUGACUCAAGUUUGUUAGAAAAUAUAUCCAAUAGAUUAAUAAACGAAAUCGAAAAAAUGAAAACGAAUCCAAAAUUAAUGGAUGAUGAAGAAAAUUCAACGAACGAUCCAAUAGAAAAAAAUAUAACAAAUCAUUUAAAUCAUAAUAAAUUAAAAAGAAGAUUGAAUAGAUAUAAUAAAAAAAAUAGAUAUAUAAAUACUUUUAAUAAAAUUAAUUCUAAAGAAUUUCUUAUUCUACCUUAUACUAUUGGUGUUUCUAUGAACACAUAUUUUAAUAAUUAUCUCAUAGAAUAUAUAAAUAUUUAUAUAUUAAGUCUUAUUAAUUCUAGAGUUAAUUGUGAUAUACAAACAUUUAUAUAUACCUUGAUAGGUUACAAACGUAUCAUGGUUAACUUUUUUAUUCUAUAUAACAUUUUUCGCUUUAAGGAAAAGUGUUUUCAAAAUGAAAAUUUAUUAAAAAAAUAUAAAUUUUUCUUAAACAAGUUAAUUUAUCAUGAUAUACAAAAUAUGAAUCAAAUGUCAUCCAAUAAAAUCAUAAAAAUAAAAAAUCAUAUGAUGGAUAAUAAUAUGGAAAGCGAAGAAGAAAAAAACAAAAUAAAUCAUAAUAAAUAUAUAAACGUAUUAAAUUCGGAGCAACAAAAACAUAUUAUUAAUCAUUUAAAUUUAGAUCAAAAUAUAUCUGUACAAUCAGCAAAAGAACAAACAUUAGAUCAUAUAAAUAACACAUCAUCAAAAGAUGAACUAAAAAUGAACCAAGAGAAUAUUUUUGAUUUACUAAUAAAACAAUUUCACAUAAAUUUGGACAAAAUAAUGUUAAUAAAUUUUGACAAGAAUUCUUUAUAUCAACAAUAUACUAGUAAAGAUAUUUAUCAUUUUUUUAUGACUUAUAAAAAAUUAUUUCACAAGGUAUAUAAUUAUUCCAUAUUUUUAUUAGAUAAACAUAAUAUUAAUGAUAUGCUUACAAUAUAUCAACAUAUUAAAGCACAAUCAGUAAAUGACAUAAUAAUAAAUCAUGUCUUUAUAGAAACACUUUAUAAUAAAAUAAUUUUGAAUUCGGUUCCAAAAAAAAAUUAA